GUGCUGAGGUUACGGUGUCCUUCCCCACGUGUGUGUGAGUGUCAGUGCUCGGUUAUCUCCAGCGGGAACAGCAGCUUCUCAUACCUGCUCUCAGUGCAGCAAACCUCGCCAUGCUGAAGUCCGUGACCCGCGCGCUGCAGCUUUCCGCCCGGCUAUCCAGCAGGAGCUCCGCGAACAGAACCGCUCCAAUCAGCCGCUCAUUCUGGAGCCUCAGGAGCCCCGGAGCGGCCGCUGCAUCCAGGCCGAAGAUCCUCACCGCCGCCCGGGCUCUGCCCACACUGAGCUGCGGCUGCGGGGGUCUCCACACCGACGGUGAUAAAGCCUUCGCAGAGUUUCUGACUGAAGAAAUCAAAGAAGAAAAGAAGAUCCAGAAGAGCAAAAGUCUUCCUAAAAUGUCUGGCGGAUGGGAGCUGGAGCUCAACGGCACAGAAGCAAAACUCAUCCGCUCGCUCUCAGGAGAGAAGGUCACCAUCACUUUCAAUGUGAACAACAGCAUCCCACCACAGCUGGAGGAAGAGCCCGAGCAGACGCAGAAGAGUCAGGAAGAGGAGCCUGACAUUGUCUCGACACCCAACUUUGUGGUUGAAGUGACCAAAUCAGGAGCAAAGAACUCGCUAGUGUUUGACUGCCACUUCCCUGAGGAUGAGGUCGGUCAUGGAGAUGGCGAGGAGGAAAGCGACAUCUUCACCAUCCGGGAGGUCAGUUUCCAGCCGGAGGGAGAAGAGGAUUGGAAGGAGACCAGUUACACACUCAACACGGACUCUCUGGACUGGGCCCUGUAUGACCAUCUGAUGGACUUUCUGGCGGACCGUGGUGUCGACAACACAUUCGCAGACGAGCUGAUGGAGCUGAGCACGGCGCUGGAGCAUCAAGAGUACAUCAAGUUCCUGGAGGAUCUCGGCACUUUCGUCAAAUGCAAAUAAUGUUUAUAUGGUGGUCGUCCGAUGGUGAGAGCGAAUGAAGGCUGAACAGUUUUGUAUUUAAUUUUAUAUCAUGGUUUUCCGAGUUGUAUAUAUGUGCACAGCGGUUACAGCUCCGAUAGGUUUGCAGGUCUUGCACAGCCGAGAAUGUGAACUAAAUCAUCAUGAGGAUUAAAACUGAGAGGAAAUGUU